ACUCGGCCACAGCCCUCGCCUGCUGCGGAGGGUCCUGCUCCGCACUGCUGGUCAGGCCGCCGCGUGCCCGGGCCCUUCCGUCCUUGGAGCGGAUUGUUGCCCGCCAGGCGCCCUCCCGCAGCAACAGCGACAGCCAGAGCAGAGGCCGCAGUGGCGGCUGUGUGCAUGCCGGGGUGUCCAUUGCUUUCUUGGAUGUUCUGAGCAGUCACUCAGCAGAAGAGCGAUACAGAAUCCUCUGAAGACAAAUUACUCAAGUUUACAUCAGCCUCCACUCCUCGUUGGCAAUAUGACCCCAAGUGUUCACAUUUAGCCUCUUUCCCACCACCACCUUGCCUCACCUCAGCACUGGGAUCUUAGGUGGCCAACUGUCCCUAACUGCGACUGAGUCAAAGCUACACCUGUGAGAAGGCCUGCCAGACAGGAUGGGGGACAUGGCAAACAGUUCCAUCGAGUUCCACCCCAAACCCCAGCAACAGCGGGAAAUGCCCCAUGUGGGUGGCUUUGGGUGCACACUAGCAGAACUGCGCAACCUCAUGGAACUCCGAGGUGCCGAGGCACUGCAGAAGAUUCAGGAAGCCUACGGAGAUGUCAGUGGGCUGUGCAGGAGGCUGAAGACCUCACCUACUGAGGGCCUGGCAGACAACACCAAUGACUUAGAGAAACGCAGGCAGAUCUAUGGGCAGAACUUCAUCCCUCCCAAGCAGCCCAAGACCUUCCUGCAGUUGGUAUGGGAAGCCCUGCAGGACGUGACUCUCAUCAUCCUGGAGGUGGCUGCCAUUGUCUCCCUGGGCCUUUCCUUCUAUGCACCACCUGGAGAGGAAAGUGAAGCCUGUGGGAAUGUAUCUGGUGGGGCAGAGGACGAGGGAGAGGCUGAGGCUGGCUGGAUUGAAGGGGCUGCCAUCCUACUCUCUGUCAUCUGUGUGGUGCUGGUCACGGCCUUCAAUGACUGGAGUAAGGAAAAGCAGUUCCGAGGUCUUCAGAGCCGUAUUGAGCAGGAGCAGAAGUUCACUGUCAUCCGAAAUGGACAGCUCCUCCAGGUCCCCGUGGCAGCACUGGUGGUGGGGGACAUUGCCCAGGUCAAAUACGGAGACCUUCUGCCUGCCGAUGGUGUGCUAAUCCAAGGCAAUGACCUCAAGAUUGAUGAGAGCUCCCUGACCGGCGAGUCGGACCAUGUGCGCAAGUCAGCAGACAAAGACCCUAUGCUGCUCUCAGGCACUCAUGUCAUGGAAGGUUCUGGAAGAAUGGUGGUAACAGCUGUUGGCGUGAACUCCCAGACAGGCAUCAUCUUUACAUUGCUUGGAGCUGGUGGAGAGGAGGAGGAGAAGAAAGACAAGAAAGGCAAGCAGCAGGAUGGGGCGAUGGACAGUAGCCAAACCAGAGCUAAGAAGCAGGAUGGGGCUGUUGCCAUGGAAAUGCAGCCCCUGAAGAGUGCUGAGGGUGGGGAAAUGGAGGAGCGAGAAAAGAAGAAAGCCAACGUACCCAAGAAGGAGAAGUCAGUUCUGCAAGGAAAGCUCACAAAACUCGCUGUGCAGAUUGGGAAAGCAGGGUUGGUGAUGUCUGCCAUCACUGUCAUCAUCCUGGUCCUCUACUUUGUGAUUGAGACCUUCGUCGUGGAUGGCCGGGUGUGGCUGGCAGAGUGCACACCUGUCUAUGUGCAGUACUUUGUGAAGUUCUUCAUUAUCGGAGUCACUGUGCUGGUUGUGGCUGUCCCUGAGGGCCUGCCUCUUGCUGUCACUAUCUCCUUGGCUUACUCUGUCAAGAAAAUGAUGAAGGACAACAACCUGGUACGCCACCUGGAUGCCUGUGAGACCAUGGGCAAUGCCACAGCCAUCUGUUCUGACAAGACAGGCACACUUACCACCAACCGCAUGACCGUGGUCCAGUCCUACCUAGGAGACACCCACUACAAAGAGAUUCCAGCUCCCAGCGCCCUGACCCCCAAGAUCCUUGACCUUCUGGUUCAUGCCAUCUCCAUCAACAGUGCCUAUACCACCAAAAUACUACCUCCAGAGAAGGAAGGCGCUCUCCCACGCCAAGUGGGCAACAAAACAGAGUGUGCUCUGUUGGGCUUUGUCCUGGACCUGAAACGAGACUUCCAACCUGUACGGGAGCAGAUUCCAGAAGAUAAGCUUUACAAAGUAUACACCUUCAACUCAGUCCGCAAGUCCAUGAGCACAGUUAUCCGCAUGCCUGAUGGUGGCUUCCGCCUCUUCAGCAAGGGAGCCUCAGAGAUCCUGCUCAAAAAGUGUACCAACAUCUUAAACAGCAAUGGUGAACUCCGAGGAUUCCGUCCUCGGGACCGGGAAGACAUGGUGAAGAAGAUCAUUGAGCCAAUGGCUUGUGAUGGCCUCCGCACCAUCUGCAUUGCCUACAGGGACUUCUCUGCAAUCCAGGAGCCCGACUGGGACAAUGAGAAUGAGGUGGUGGGUGAGCUUACCUGCAUAGCCGUCGUGGGCAUCGAGGAUCCUGUACGACCUGAGGUUCCUGAAGCCAUUCGCAAAUGCCAGCGUGCUGGCAUCACAGUCCGUAUGGUGACUGGAGACAACAUCAACACUGCUCGGGCUAUUGCAGCUAAGUGUGGCAUCAUCCACCCAGGUGAAGACUUCCUGUGCCUGGAGGGGAAGGAAUUCAACAGAAGGAUUCGAAACGAGAAAGGCGAGAUAGAACAGGAGCGGCUGGACAAGGUGUGGCCCAAGCUGCGAGUGCUCGCCCGGUCAUCUCCCACUGACAAACACACGCUGGUCAAAGGCAUUAUUGACAGCACAACUGGUGAGCAGAGGCAGGUGGUGGCUGUGACUGGGGAUGGUACCAAUGAUGGGCCAGCUCUCAAAAAGGCAGAUGUGGGCUUCGCCAUGGGCAUCGCAGGCACUGAUGUGGCCAAGGAGGCCUCUGACAUCAUCCUGACUGACGACAACUUCACCAGCAUUGUCAAGGCCGUCAUGUGGGGCCGCAAUGUCUACGACAGCAUCUCCAAGUUCCUGCAGUUUCAGCUGACAGUCAACGUGGUGGCUGUGAUCGUGGCCUUCACAGGUGCCUGCAUCACUCAGGACUCUCCUCUCAAAGCUGUGCAGAUGUUAUGGGUGAACUUGAUCAUGGAUACAUUUGCCUCACUUGCCCUGGCGACGGAGCCCCCAACUGAGUCACUGCUGCUGCGGAAGCCAUAUGGCCGAGACAAGCCCCUCAUCUCACGUACCAUGAUGAAAAACAUCCUUGGCCAUGCCGUCUACCAGCUCACUAUCAUCUUUACCUUGCUUUUUGUUGGAGAGCUCUUCUUCGACAUCGACAGUGGAAGGAACGCACCCCUGCACUCACCCCCCUCCGAGCACUAUACCAUCAUUUUCAACACCUUUGUCAUGAUGCAGCUUUUCAAUGAGAUCAAUGCUCGCAAGAUCCAUGGUGAGAGGAAUGUCUUUGAUGGUAUCUUCAGCAACCCCAUCUUCUGCACCAUUGUCCUGGGCACCUUUGGAAUUCAGAUUGUCAUCGUCCAGUUUGGUGGGAAGCCCUUCAGCUGUUCACCACUGUCCACAGAACAGUGGCUCUGGUGCCUAUUUGUUGGUGUUGGGGAGCUGGUCUGGGGACAGGUCAUUGCCACCAUCCCCACCAGCCAGCUCAAGUGCCUGAAGGAAGCAGGGCAUGGGCCUGGGAAGGACGAGAUGACUGAUGAGGAGCUGGCCGAGGGGGAGGAGGAAAUCGACCAUGCUGAGCGAGAGCUCCGCAGGGGCCAGAUCCUCUGGUUUCGGGGCCUCAACCGGAUCCAGACACAGAUGGAGGUAGUGAGUACCUUCAAGAGAAGCGGGUCAUUUCAGGGUGCUGUGCGCCGGCGGUCUUCAGUCCUCAGCCAGCUCCAUGACGUAACCAAUCUUUCUACCCCUACUCACAUCCGGGUGGUGAAAGCAUUCCGUAGCUCACUUUAUGAAGGCCUUGAGAAACCGGAAUCCAAGAGCUGCAUCCAUAACUUCAUGGCAACGCCUGAGUUUCUGAUCAAUGACUACACCCACAACAUCCCGCUCAUCGACGACACAGAUGUGGAUGAGAACGAAGAGCGUCUGAGGGCCCCACCUCCCUCACCCCCUAACCAGAACAACAACGCCAUAGACAGCGGCAUCUACCUGACCAUGCAUGCCACCAAGUCAGCUACCUCUUCAGCAUUCUCUUCCAGGCCCGGGAGCCCACUCCACAGCAUGGAGACGUCCCUCUAACCAGAACUUCUCUUAUCACACAUGUAUACACACACAUGCACACACAUACACACAUACACGCAGUCACACAUGGACACACAUGUGCAUGUACACACAGAGAGGGGAGUCGUGCACCUGCCAAAAAGAGAAAACCUGCUAAAGAGGCUAAAGACUUUUCUUAUGUGGUAUUUGCAAGAAGCCAAUUGCAUUCAAUAAGGGCACAACCCACUAGGCUUCUCACCAGACUUCCAGGAGGUGGAGGAAGAAGGAAAAAGGAGGAGAGGAAGUUCUUCACCCAACGUGAAGGAAAAAAAGGAGAGCAUAAGACAAGAUGCGCUUUCCACCUUUUUUUCUACUGAUGCUUCUUUUUUAACAAACACUAGUUCCGCCAUGUUUGCAGCAUUUGAGCUGUGCAGCGUGGUAGGGGCUAGCUGAGCUUGUUUGAAGCUUUGCUGCACCCAUAUUUAAAAAAAAAAAAAAAAGUAUACCAAAACCAAGGAGGUCAUUGUGCAGACAGGCCACCGGAGGGAGCCACCUGCAAAGGUACCUUCUACUGAAGCACACUAGACCCAUCUGCAGACAGCAUGUGUGUGUCUAUAUGUAUGUGUGUCUGUAUGCAUAUACAUAUAUAUGGCAAAUGCAUAUUUAAAGAAUAAGGAACUAUUUAUCGGCAUGAUAUUUCCAUUCCUCUCACCAGGCCUUCUUUUGAAGUUUCAUUUUUUGGAUGUAGCAAGGCUCUUUUCAGGGAAUGAGACUGCAAGAACAUCCUCUCGGUACUGGACUUCCCUCCCCAAACCCCUGACCUGAGGAUCUCCAUGCCUGACCCUGCCGAGAUUCCAGAGGAGGCAGUCUGGGGAGCGUUGUGCAAGACCUAGAGGCCUUGCACUUAGAACCUUUGCACUUUGAGACCUCUGCUUGUAGAGGAAAAAGACUUUUCAAUGGCAUUUUAAAAAAAAGAAAAAUACCAAAGUAUUGAUGACAGUGGUCCCCUCCAGUACAAAGCAAAUCAAGUUUUGGUUUUGGCUUCCUUCCACUUCAUUUCCAACCCCUUCAUUUUUGCUGGUGGCUUUCUUUGUCCAACUUUGAAAGCAUGAAGAAGCCUAGGAGUAGGGUGAUAGAGCAGAGACAGACAGCAGGCCUAACCUCUACGGAGGCCACCUGAGGAAGAAGGGUCAUCAAAAUCAAGAUGCCAACUGUGAGGACAGUCCAGGUUCAUCUCUGUCAUUCCUCUCGAUUUACACUUUGUGCUUUGGCAAAUGGCAGGGACCACCUCUGCCAGGGCAUGGGCGUGCUACCCACCAAAGCAUGCAUCCAAUCCCGGUCUUCUUGCCCAUGGGGUAAAUACAACCCAGAGGGCAACACUAUAGAAACAUGGCCUCUUGGAAAAAUGGCCUCCAUCACUGUUGCCAUUGUUUUUUUCUGGCUGGGCCUAUGGGGGCUAGGCACAGGGUUAGCAGGGCUUGGUCCCACCUAGGCAGACAAGGCUAAAGCAAGGUCUGGGCUCCAGGAGCCUGCCCCAUCACUGUAGUCCCCCACUGUGCCAAGCCUGCUUUCCUAGAAAGAGCGCCAGCCCGGGGGAAGAAGGCAGAGGAGAGGGGUCUAAUGCCUGCUGCCCUGCAGGGAAAACCCACGCUGAUGAGUCUCUUCCUAGUGGUAACCUGCCCCUUCCUUGUGCUCUUCGGCCCUGAAUCCGGACACCCACAAUGACAUCCUGCCCUUGAAGGUCCUUCACCUUGUGAACUCAUGGCUUCCUGAACUUCUCAGGAAGAUGUCUAGAAUCUCACUCCACUCCCACACAUGCCUGUCACUUGGGCCUGAGGUUUUGUGCCAGGAGACAGAUGUAAGCUUAGAGAUGGAGGGUAAGGACAGGCACCCUCAGGAGCUGCAUUUGCUCCACUCCCAUCCCACGCCACCCCACAGAAAGCUUGUCUCAGCUCCUGGGCAUCCACACAAAGUCAAAUGAAAAUGUGCUUUGUCCUCACCGGUCACACCAAUGCCAUGUCACCCCUGAGCAGGAGUAGCCACAUCUCGGGCAAAAGAAUUUCAGUUACAAGAGAAACUCCACUUUAAAAUGCCAGCUACAGAUCACUUAAAGCCAUCCCUUUUUUAUAAAGGGCAUAUUGAGAAUGUUUCCCAUUUGUAAAUUGUUCCCUGAUGUCCUCGUUUAAACCACCACAACAAAAAGGCAACUUGGCUUGCUGAGGGUCUUUGUGUUCUUCAACAAGAAAUCGAAAUGUGUAUUGCGGUUGAAGUGGGUCAGCUGUGUCCAGCUAUGCUCAUGAGCUUCUUGCCAUCCUCUGUUAUAGACACACAGAUAGAGCAAAUGGCCACUAUAUAUUUAAAAGCCAACCCUCAAUGCUGCUGUCUAAAGUUGCCUGAUGUCAGUGUCGACUGUGUGAUACCCAGGCUGCCUUUGUGCUGAGCUGUGGGGUUCAUCCGUUCUGGGUCUUGUACAAUCUUCAGGCCGAAGAGACCUAUCUCACUGGAAGCUUCUCUUUAUAAAGCAUUAUACUAUAUGGAAUGGCUUGGUCAACUGUGUUCAGUUCAUAAAUAUGUUUUACAUUUUUAUCUGCCUGUUAUAAAAAUGAACAAAAUAUCUUCAUGAGAAAGACCACAGAUGUAUAAUAAAUUAAAGUCUGUAGUUGAAUUUCAUAAUUUAAAGAAUAGACCAAAAUUUCUGUGUAUAAAAGAAAAUGAAAGGCUCCUACAAUCUU